AUGGAAGGAGACGGCGAGACGCUCAACAUCAUGUGCAACAGCUGCGGCCGCAUCGGCGUAAAAGACGGCCUCGACUGCUUCUUCUACUGCGUCCACUGCGGCGACCGGGCCGACGACGUCGCCGACGAGGACUUCACGCCCGAAAGGGAGGGAGACGACGGUUAUGAUGAACUCGGGCCGACGGGGCCCGAGGACUUUGCGAAUUCGGGCUCGGCCGGGCCGAGGGCGCUCGGGUACGAGGAUUACUACAAUGAGGUGAGGAUCAGGUACGUGAUGGGGCUCCAGACGAUGGUGCAGCUCCAGUGCGAGGCUCUCGUGAGGGAGUUCGGCGUGACGCCGCUGAUAUGUGGGAUCUCCGGGCCGAUUUGGCUGAGGUUCGUGGCGAGCACUCGGGUUUUCUCGGAGGAGUGGGCGGAUGAGACCGUUCACGAGUCUGAGAUGCAGGAACUAGGUGCGAUACCAUUAUCUUGUUUUUUGGCUAUUUCUUUCUUGGCUUGUCAUGUUGCGAGGGAACCUAUCCUCCCUACUGACAUAAUCAAGUGGUCAGUUGAAGGGAAGCUUCCAUAUUUUGCUGCUUUCCAAGACAUCGAAAAGAACUUUGGUCCACCAUCAGCUGCUUGUCCUUUGAGUUCCAAUCUUAUGUUUAGGCCUUCUCAAGCAGUUCCACCACAGAAUUUAGAAGCUACGGCAGCGUCCAUUGCUCUGUCCAUAGGUUUGUAUUUGCCGCCUGUGAACUUUUAUGCAAUUUGUUCCUGCUAUCUCAAUCAGUUAUGCCUACCAGCGGAGAAGAUUUUUCCAUAUGCAUGCCGAAUACAGGAAUGGUCAAUGCCACCUGAUCUGUGGUUGUCAGCAAAUGAGUUGAGGCUUCCAACUCGUGUCUGCGUCAUGUCUAUACUCAUGGUAGCAAUAAGAAUUCUUUAUAACAUACAUGGUUUCAGAGAAUGGGAGAAGAGCUUGACUGAUCACCUAGAUACGUCCUCAACAUCAAGUGAUCAAGUUGGAUCCAAAAACACAGGGGGUUCCAGAAUGAGGGAAGAUGUUGAAAAUGGUUCUGGUCUUUAUUCUGGUGCUGGGGAUGAUUUAGAUACAAGAUUGGAAGCAGAAGCCUCAGAUGGUGAUGAGUCCGACUUUGACACUAAGGAGUUUGUUGGGCUUUAUUAUUGCAAAGAUGUUGUUUUUGCUGGUCUAGAACCGUCUUGUGAGGUCUACAAGGAAGGAGAAGUUGUGAAGCAGCUAUGGAAUUUUUACCAGGAGAACAAGGAUGGUGAACAAACUGAAGGGCUGGGGCUUCACUUUGAUGGUGCUUUUAAUCAAAAGAGGCCUAGAGAUAAUGUUAAUGGAUGUUCAAAGAAUUCAUUUAUAGGCACCAAAAGGCUUAAUAGUGGAACUUCGGAUGCAAAUGAAAGCCUUUUGGACAGCACACAUGAUGAUGCUUCUUUGCAGAGUUCAUUAGUAGACGAUAACAUGAAACCUAGCAAUCGCCCAUCUUCAGAAAGUUACCAAGACAGAGCCAUUGGACAGCUGAAAUUAGAGAUGGAAGAGAAUAGGUUCUUCUACAUUCCACCCAGAGUAAAGGUCAAGAGACUUGAUUAUCUUCAUUAUGUUAGGAAGAGGGAUCAUGGUGCAUUAGCCUAUGUUGCCCAUGCUGAUUAUUACAUAUUGCUUCGUGCUUGUGCUAGAGUAGCUCAGGUUGAGAUUAGAUGCAUUCUGCUCCUUUUCAAUCUUCCAUACGAUGAAUGUGGUGAAGUGCAAAAGGCUGGGUUUCAGCUGGACAAAGAUCUUGUGUUAUGCCUACCAGCGGAGAAGAUUUUUCCGCAUGCAUGCCGAAUACAGGAAUGGUCAAUGCCGCCUGAUCUGUGGUUGUCAGCAAAUGAGUUGAGGCUUCCAACUCGUGUCUGUGUCAUGUCAAUACUCAUGGUAGCAAUAAGAAUUCUUUAUAACAUACAUGGUUUUGGAGAAUGGGAGAAGAGCCUGAUUGAUCACCAAGAUAUGUCUUCAACAUCAAGUGAUCAAGUUGGAUCUGAAAACACAGGGGGUUCCAGAAUGAGGGAAGAUGUUGAAAAUGGUUUUGGUUUUCAUUCUGGUGCUGGGGAUGAUUUAGAUACGAGAUUGGAAGCAGAAGCCUCAGAUGGUGAUAAGUCUGAGUUUGAUGCUAAGGAGCUUCUACGAAACCUCAAUGCUAGAUACAAUGACUUCAACGACUCAUAUGAGUACUGCAAAGACUUGCCCACCUACCUCCAGUAUUGCAAAGAUGUUGUUUUUGCUGGUCUAGAACCUUGUGAGGUCUACGAGGAAGGAGAAGUUAUGAAGCAGCUGUGGAAUUUUUAUCAGGAGAACAAGGAUGGCGAACAAACGGAAGGGCCGGGGCUUCACUUUGAUGGUGCUUUUAAUCAAAAGAGGCCUAGAGAUCAUGUUAAUGGAUGUUCAAAGAAUUCAUUUAUAGGCAAUAAAAGGUUUAAUAGUGGAACUUCGGGUGCAAAUGAAAGCCUUUUGGACAGCACAGAUGAUGAUGCUUCUUCGCAAAGUUCAUUAGCAGACGAUAACAUGAAACCUGGCAAUCGCCCAUCUUCAGAAAGUUACCAAGACAGAGCCAUUAGACAGCUGAAAUUAGACAUGGAAGAGAAUAGGUUCUUCUACAUUCCACCAAGGGUAAAGGUCAAGAGACUUGAUUAUCUUCAUUAUGUUAGGAAGAGGGAUCAUGGUGCAUUAGCUUACGUUGCCCAUGCUGAUUAUUACAUAUUGCUUCGUGCUUGUGCUAGAGUAGCUCAGGUCGAGAUUAGAUGUAUGCAUAUGGGUGUAUUGAAUUUCGAGAGGAGAUUAGCCUGGAUGGAAAAUAGAGUAGAACACUGCCUGCAUUUAACCCCUCCUAAGGUAUCUUGUGAGUUUUGUAGUGAUGGGACGCGAGAAGAUGAUGCAGACGAUGUGAUUAACCUUUCUAGUCUUAAUAUAUAAAAUUUUUAAAAUUUGCUGUCUCGUA